UUUAUAUCUUGGAAUAAGAGUGUAUAUAAAUGAUGUAGCCAUGAUUUGAAGUAGCCAAUUUGAAAUAAAUUCUCUAUUUGCAGUGAAGAUAUAAAUUGUACAAAAUGAAAGGCUUAGUGCUUUGCGUUGGUAUUUUGAUGCUUGUUUUUCAGUCGUCUAACUCAAUGAAAUUAAAACAAACUUUAAGAAAUGCGCACGAAAAUCCCGAAGAUGAUAUAGCAAUUUGCAGGAAUGAAACUGGUUUCGUUAAUGAUGAUUGGUAUAAACCGGAAGAAAUAAAGAAUAACAUAUAUACCGAAUCCGCAAAUGCAGAAAGAACGAGAAAGAUUGGCUGCCUUUUUGCAUGUGUUUUGAAAAAACAGAAUUUAGUAGAAGGGACAAACAUUAAAGAAGACGAAUUUGAUACAUGGUUAAAUGACAUAAUAGCUGAUGAUCCUGAACGUAUAGGACGCAACUUUGUGCGUAAAUGCACGAAAGAAAACAGAAAUAUUAAUGAGAUAUGUGAGAAAUGCUUUUCUAUAUACGCAUGCACUAUGAAAAAGGUGUUAGCACAUAAUGAACAACAUGAACAACAUGAACAAAAUAAAACUGAAGAAGCAGUAGAAACCCUGACUGAAGAAACAAAAGCAAAAUGAGAAGCAAAAGUAUAAGGACAGACUCAAUAAAUACAGCUGAAUAACAUAAAUUGAAUAUUAUCCGUAUAAUUAUUAAUGUAAAUUUAAUAAUACAAAAUAUGAUUUACAUUGUAUAUUAAAAAUGGACAUGUAUU